AUGUGCGAAGUCGCGUCCCUCCUCUUGAAGGUCUACAACCUGCUUCAGAAGAAACCAGUUGUAGACAGAAAUGUCCUGAUGUUGAAGGAGUGGUGCCUUCCUCUGGCUCGGCUUUUGUGCUCCUCUGCACCGGAUGACGAGCAGAGAGAAGCUGUGAUUAAGAUAGGAGAUGAUCUCGCACAUGACAUCUACAGCCAGACAUUCAGAGCUUCUGAGAUCCAGCAGUCAGAAGGUUGCUUGUUGACUGAGAAUAUCUCUGAACUCCAGUCUCCUGAUUCGGAGUACUAUGCUGACCUGGAAGCAUUGCUUUCAUUGCGGUACCAAUUGGGAGAGCUGCUGAGGAGCGGACACUUCAGCUUUGUUUACAAAGCAGUCCGGAUUGCAGAUAAGAAAAAGGUCACCGUUAAGGUCGUCACUAAGUACAUACCUCUUACAACUACGAAAAUGCCUGGAGUGACGGAGGAACUGCCCACAGAGGUGGCGCUAAUGAUGAUGGCUUCCAAGCCACCUGUCUGUAGCAACAUUGUGGAGCUACUGGAGUGGUUCGACGAGGGCAGUCAGUUCAUCUUGGUCCUGGAACUAUCAAGCCCCUGUAUGGACCUCAUGGAAUUUCAAAAGCUUCAGAAAGGUUUCCUGUCUGAAUCACAGGCUCGAGACAUCAUGGUUCAGGCACUAUGUACUUUGCACCUCCUGAGUGGCUGUAUGGUGACAAGUACAUGGCCAUUCCUGCUACCAUCUGGGGUUUGGGCAUACUCCUGUUUCACCUGCUCUGUGGAGAAUUCCCCUUCGAAGGACUACUUAGCUUAAAUUACGGCUACCUGAAAGUACCUUCUGACUUGUCUCCAGAGUGCUUCCACAUGCUAAUGUGGUGCCUGGAUGUAAACCCUGAAACGCGGCCAACUUUUGAGCACUUGCUCAGGCACGAGUGGUUUACUGGGACAGUUCAGGACAAAGUCCAGAUUCCUCCUGAAACCACAGAUCUUGAGACACGCUGACAACACACACACACACACACACACACACACACACACACACACACACACACAAACAAAAAC